AUGGUGAUGAUCAGUGAGUUCGAUUGGGUUCAAGGGUUCUCUGUUUUCGUAAAGGGUCCGAGUGGCGAGCGGAUUGGUGAUUUUCGUUAUUGGACAGGCGAGAAAUUUCAUUUUGUGGCUCCAAAUAAAGGGUUUCAUCGUUUUUGUUUCACUAACAGGUCUCCCUACCAUGAAACCAUUGGCUUUGAUGUACAUGUUGGUCACUUCACACUCCCUGAUGAGCAUGCAAAAGAUGCUCAUUUGACCCCCUUGCUGGAACAUAUAGCAAAGUUGGAUGAAGCCAUUAACAACAUAUAUUUUGAACAGCAUUGGUUACAGGCUCAGACCGACCGCCGGGCAAUAGUUAAUGAUGAAAUGAUCCAGAGAGCAGUCCAUAAGGCAAUGCUUGAAUCAGCAGCACUCGUUGGAGCUAGCGUCCUCCAAGUAUACCUUUUGAAACGCUUGUUUAAUAGGAAACUUGGGACAUCUAUGGGUUAA